CCUACCCGGCGACAGAUGACGACACACGCGCUGCGCUCUCCCAUUCGCCGCGCGGUUUUUGGGGUGCUGCUCCCCUCGCUCCCAGUCCCCCCAGUUCGGAGGCGCUUUACUGGCGGCAGCACCGACCGCUCCCAGCGCCGGGACCGCAUGGACGGAGCGCGGAGCCUCCCGCGGCUGCUGCUGCUGCUGGCGCUGGCCCCGGUUUGGGGGGUCCCAGCCCAGCACAGCAUCACCCAGACCGAGUUCUACCAGAAAACCCUGGACGGGCAGUUCCAGUCCGAGCAGUUCAUGUUCGAUUUCGACGGGGACGAGAUUUUCCACGUGCAGCACGAACAGACCGUGUGGCGCCUGCCGCACUUCCAGCGCUUCGCCUCCUUCGAGGCGCAGGGGGCGCUGCAGAAUAUCGCGAUAGACAGACAGAACCUGCAGAGCUCCAUGAGGGCUUACAACAACUCCAGAGCUCCCACCGCGGCGCCGGAGUCGGGCGUGUUCCCCAAGCACCCGGCGCAGCAGGACGAGCCCAACGUGCUGAUCUGCUGGGCCCGGCGGUUCUGGCCGCCGGUGCUGGGGCUGCGCUGGCUGCGGAACGGGGUCCCGCAGGAGCAGGGGGUGAUGGAGACGCCCUUCUACCCCGACCGCGACAACUCCUUCCAGAAAUUCUCCUACCUGCCCUUCAUCCCCCGGCCCGGCGAGUACUACGACUGCCAGGUGGAGCACGAGGGGCUGAAGGAGCCCAGGCUGGUACACUGGGAGCCGCAGCUGCGGGCGCCGGCGUCGGAGGCGGCGCAGACGGCGAUCUGCGCCCUGGGCCUGGCCGUGGGCAUCGCCGGCAUCGGCGCCGGCACCGCGCUCGCCAUCCGCGGCGCCCGGCUCGCCCGCGCCCGGCGCGGGGAGCUGUGAGAGGGGAGCCAAAAAAAUCACCUGGGGUAACCCCAAAAAUCACCUGGGGUAGCCCCAAAAUCCUGCCUGAAAUCCCCGUGGAAUUACCCCGAAAUUGUGUCCCAAAAUCCCAUGGAAUUAACCCAAAAUCCUGUGGA